ACACCUAAAUUCAUCGCCUGAAAGCACAAGAAACAAAAUCUAAAUCAGAGAGGGUUUUAUAUAGGAUUUAUAUAUAUACACGCAUCCUGCAGCUGCAUCGGCUUCAUCGUCGUCGUCUUUCUUCUUCUCCUUCAUCGCUAGUCGGUCAGCCUGAGUCAGCCAUGGCGGCUCUGCAAUACCUGGACUCGCUUCGCAAUGCCCACCCCGAGCUCUCCGAUUGGUACAAUACUCUCGCAGAUCUGUACCAGCGGAAGCUCUGGCACCAGCUCACUCACAAGCUCGAGGAGUUCGUUUCUCUCUCUGUUUUUCAGGCUGGUGAUGCACUGAUUCAGUUGUAUCAUAAUUUCAUCACUGACUUUGAGACAAAGAUCAAUCUUCUCAAACUUGCUCAUUUUGCUGUCAUUGUUUCUCGGCAGUACUCAGAGAAAGAAGCUGCUAUUAGUUACCUGGAAGGUGUGAUCGAGAAACUUCGUAAUACUAAAGAAAUGCGCAUAGAGGAACCAAUCCUUUACAUUAAGAUGCAAAUUGCAUUACUUAAACUUGAACAAGGGGAUCAAAAAGGGUGCAAGAAUCUUUUGGAAGAGGGAAAGAGUACACUUGAUAGCAUGACCGAUAUUGAUCCAUCUGUGUAUGCGAGCUAUUAUUGGGUUUCAUCUCAGUAUCACAAAUUCAGACAAGAAUUUGCUGAGUUCUAUAAGAGUGCUCUCCUCUAUCUUGCUUACACUUCAGUAGAGUCUCUAUCUGAAUCAUUUAAGCUGGAUUUGGCGUUUGAUCUGUCACUGUCAGCAUUGCUUGGAGAAAAUAUAUACAACUUCGGAGAGUUGCUUGCACAUCCAAUUAUCAAGAGUCUUACAGGGACAAAGGUUGAGUGGCUCUACCAUAUUCUUGAAGCAUUCAACACAGGAGAUUUGGUUCGCUAUCAGUCAUUGUGCAAUGUCCAUCAAGGUGCAUUAAAUGCUCAACCUGCACUGGUGCAAAAUGAGAAAAAGCUUUUGGAAAAAAUCAACAUUCUCUGUUUGAUGGAAAUCAUCUUCAGUCGUCCAUCUGAGGAUAGAACUAUCCCAUUGAGUAUCAUUGCAGAGCGGACAAAAUUGACAGUUGAAGAUGUGGAGUACCUCCUUAUGAAGAGUCUUUCUGUGCAUCUGAUUGAGGGAAUAAUCGAUCAAGUUGAGGGAACAGUUUAUGUUUCUUGGGUGCAACCAAGAGUUCUGGGCAUUCCCCAAAUCAAGUCUUUGUGUGAUCGGGUGGACAAUUGGAUGGAUAAAGUACACAAUGCUUUAUUAUCCGUGGAGGCUGAAACCCCUGACCUAGUCGCAGCAUAAUAGUUUUCCCGCGCCCUUUCUGCUACCUGUAGCACCUCUUAGUGCCCAUAUGAGCUGGCGUUCCAGCACCAAAACCAGACACUAUUAAAUUUCAUGGAACAACAUUGUACGAGCUCUAGAUUACAUGGCCGAAUUAUUGGUCUCAGUAUUAUUUUUGGAAAUCAGCCAUCCUUUCCUGUAUUUUCUGCUUCUUUGGUUGCCUUUGCAAUGCCGAUUCUAGCUACAUAACAAAGACUAAGUAAAGAUGUGAUCUACUCUUCUUCAAUCGGUAUUGUAAAUGGCUGCAAACUUCUUGUGCAUCCAUUAAAAUACUGUAAAACUACCUUGCUCAGCUGCCAACUUAUUCCUUACUUUUAUUCAUGAAUUCAA